AUAAACUCUUUGAGGUUAAUACUAAUUACAACUGUCUUAUUAGACUUUUGUUGAAGUGACUAUCUGGCGAGAUGGGUGAGCUCGAGUCUCAGGCGAAAACCUUGAACAACCGAUCCAGCAAUGAACUAAAGAAACGUGCCAGCAAAGAACAUGCUGCUCAUAACGGCGAAUCCGUCUCAGUAAACUCGUAUCGUCGUAAUGACGAUGACAACACUAGCAUGGCAUCAUUUCAGCCCACCAUCACCAUCGAAGAUCACCCACGGCCCAGACAGCUGGAGAGAAAGCCUGAAAGGCGAUCUGACGACGAUGAGGUGCAGGACUUCCCUGAGCUGAAGAAUGUGGGUCUGUUCACGCGUCUCAUGUACAAUCUGCGAGUCAACGGGCGCUUGUGGACGUGGAUUCUGCUACACGCCAUAGCUACGCUGAGUGUGUUCUUCAUGUUCUUCAUUGAGAAGUGGAGAUUUCUGGAUGACACUCUGCCCACUACAGCACCCAACUACUGGCCAAAGAAAUUGAUCCCAUGCUUUGAGUUUGGGGCCAUGCACUCGCUACUGUUCCAAAUGUCUCUGCUGCCCAUCAGCAUGUGCAAGUACUUUAUUACCGUGUUGCGGUCCACCCGCUUUAAGCGCCUGAUCCCCUUCGACUACUUUGUGCGUGCGCAUAUCUAUCUGGGCUAUCAGAUGGGCAUUCAAUUGAUCGUAUCCCUAGUGGUGUUCGUGCUGUUCUUUGGCAGUCUGUGCGCGAAGUAUAAGGCUGGAACCGAACCAGUGAACUUCUGCGCCAGAUUUGGGGAAGAGAUUAUGAUCACGGGAUACGUCAUCGUUGGGAUAUAUCUGGUGAUGUUCUUUACAGCCGUCCCGGCAUUUGCCAAGAACCUCAAGUCGUACGAGCGGUUCUACUACACCCACCAUCUGUUCAUUGCGAUGUACUUCAUCACCAUCUUGCACACCUUUGAUGUGCAAACGCGAGAGGGUCUCAACCGCAGCCAGUCAUGGAAGUGGUUUGUCUUCCCCAUGACUAUCUACGCCAUCGAUAGAUGCCUGUACAUUGCCACUCGCCGUCAGUCACGUGUGCUGGGCGCGCAGUUGUUCCACACUCCCAAGACCAUGGUACUGACUGUGCAGAAGCCACAGGGGUUUGGGUUCCGUGCGGGACAGUAUCUGUUCCUGAAUGUACCCGCCAUUUCGAAGCUGGAGAUGCAUCCCUUCAGCAUCGGAUCAACCAACGACGACCGCUACCUCAAGCUCUUUAUCACCGUGUACGAGGACGGAUGGACCGGCAAGCUAUGGACACACUUCCAACAAAUGGCCACCGACCCUACCGCCCAGUCCAAAGCACCGCAGAACGAAGUGAUCAUCAUGGGACCGUAUGGCGCGCCUCUGCAGGACGUCAGUGUCUUUGACCACACUGUGCUGGUGUGCAGUGGGUCGGGUAUUGUGCCUAUGAUGUCGCAACUGGCACAGAUCAUCUCUGACUACAAGACCUACAUAGACUUCCGGCCAAAGCACAACUCUCAUCAAUCCGUCAAUUCCCAAGAAGUGCGAACAUCACGCUCGGUUGACCUUGACUUGGGAUCAGCCACCUGUGCCUCUGAGCGAUUGGCCUGUCGCAUGAAGAUGCUGCGCCAUUCCAAUCUGUACAAUCUGUUCUUCUGGGUUGUGAUCAUGGUCAACUUCGCCUUCAUCUGCCUUCCCUUCACGUGGAGUACCAAUCAGCUGGGGGAGACCUUCCGGUUUAUCUCGUGCAUUGAGUUCAUUGUCCUGACGGGCAUCUACGUUAUCGACUUCAUGAUGCGCAUGUACGUCACCUGGAACAUCCCGAAACGGUUCAAGGAGGACCGCUUGUACCAGAAGCAGCUGCACUUGUGGCAAGUGGUGGAGUUACUUCUCGUCGUAGGCUUCCUGUGCGCUGGAAUCCCCGCUAUCAUUAUCACAAAGGCAUACGACGACCACACCGCUGAGGUGUUGUUCCUGUGGUGUUUGGCUGGGUGUCGCAUUGUGCAGCAGAUAGCUAUGAUGUUCAAUAACUUCAUCACCAACGCACCCAACCCCGCCAAGCACGGUGGCUUUGGCCGGGGAGGCAACAUCCAGGCCAUUUCGCUGCACUGGAUCUGCCGCUCUGCCAGUCAGUUGAGUUGGCUGGUCAGUGAACUGGCGGAGAUCCAGGAGCAGUGCGACGAGUUGUUUGGGGAGUACUUCCUAAGCAUUCGACCGUAUGUGACGGGCACUAACAUUGAGACUGAGACCAUCAAGCAGCUGACAGACGGAACGGCAAUGGAGGACCGCGUGCUCAACAAGAGACCCGACUGGCACAAGAUCAUGACCAGAGUGUGUGAAGACGUCACCCGCGUAGGAGGGGCGCGAAACGUGGGAGUGCUCUCGUGCAGCAACGCAGCCAUCACAGGAGAGCUGGCUAAACUGUGUCUGAAGUUCACCGCCGCCUACAAACAGAGACCCACGCUGCACUUUGUGGACGGAGGAGAACACACCAUCACCAUCCAGUACAACAACGCUCAAAAAAACAUCACAUUCGACUGCAACGACACCACCAAGACCACCUUCGGACAGGCCGAUCUCAAGAGUCGAGCUCUGUUUGAAGACGCGCAGUGAUUGGCUGGUUGUUAAAAUAGAGGUGCGAAUGUGCUCUCAUUCCCAUUGACGUGCUGCUGCUUGAGCUGUACAGUUGAGUCGUACUCGGUGCACCCCCCGCGCAGCAACACCCGUUGGGACAAAUUUGGCCCUAAAAGAAUAUAUUUCGGACGGACAACACAAAUAGACCCUAAAAGAAUAUAUUCAGUACGACACAAAUAGGCCCUAAAAG